AUGAACGACGACGAUGACAUGGAGCCCGCCGCCGCGCCGCGAUUUAAUCGAACACUCUCCAUGGUUGGUAAGGCCCCGGGGAAGCAGCAAAAUGUCCGCGCCGCGCAGCCACGUCAGCAGAGAGCGCCGCCGCAACAGGCGCAUCCGGACGAGGACGAGGAUCCGACAGAAUCGGAUCUCGGGCGGUCGAUGACGAUGGGGAGCAAGCCGCGGGGGAGACCCGCGGCGGGUUUUCCGCAACACGGGGGGGAGCGGGGAGGAAUGGGGGGAGGGGGAGGCGGAGGGGGGGGAGAUGGGAGCGGGGAGGAGCAGCUGGGACGAUCACUGACGCAAGUCGAUGCGCGCAGACGGGCGGCCGGGGGACGCGGGGCAGGCGCAGCGGGCAGAAGCGGAAGCCCCGCGCAAAGCGGGAUGCGCAAGUCCGCAAGCGGCGCAAGCCGGUCGCGGUCCCCCAUGGGCGCGGGUGCGGGCGGGGAUGAUUCGAUGAGCAUGCAGGGAAUGCAGCAGGCGCUGCCGCAACAGCCGCUGCUGAAAUCCGCGCUCAAGCGCAGCAGCGCGGCGCAAACGCCCACGGGCUACGGCGGUGGCGGAUUCGGCGACGAUGGCGGCGGGUACGGCGGCGGCCAGAUGAUGGGCGGAGGGGGAGGGGGAAGGGGAGGCAGGGCGGGGGGCGCUGCGCCAAACCCGCAAGGGGGAUAUGAUCGGUCCGGGAGCCCGUUCCGCGCAGGCGGGGGGCAGUAUCCCGGGGGAGAUGGUAACAUAUACUCCCCGCAAGGCGGAAUGGGGUACGGCGGGGGAGAGGCCGAGGGGUAUCAAGACGGGAUGUACGGUCAGGAUCCGCAGCAGCAUUACGGGCAAGAUCAGCAGUUCCAGCCGACGCCACGUCAGCAGCAGCAGUGGGGGGGCGCGCAGGGCGGCGCUAAUUCCGGGCGGAUGAUGGGGGGAGGCGGAAGUGGGUCGGCUAUGGGGCGGAAGAUGGGGGGAGGGGGGCAGCAACAGAUGAUGCAGCAGCAGCAGGGGCAGGCGCAGGGGCAGGGGCAGGGGGGGGGGCAGGGGCAGCAGGGGGCGGAAGACGAGUAUUACGGGGCGGGGGCGGGGAAUAUGUCUGAUGCGUCGGACACGAAUUUCACGCGGCGCCUGCAGCACAUGCAGGCGCAGCAGCAGCAGGACGAGGCCGCCGCGCUGCCCAUGCUGCCCCCGCCCAACGCGCCGCAAGUCGUGCAGUGCCAACGCUGCUCGCAGCUACUGGACGUGCCGCUUCAACUUCCCCCGGCCAAGAAGGGCGUGCAGAAGCUGCGCUGCAGUAAGUGCCUGCGAGUUUCACGCUUCCAGCACAACCCCUGUCUCCCCUCCCCCUCUCGCCCCCCUCAACCCUUUCUCAUCCCCCCACAGUGUCAGCGCUGUUCCCAGCUACUUGAGGUGCCGCCUCAACUUCCCCCGGCCAAGAAGGGCGUGCAGAAGCUGUGCCUCUCGCGUCCAGGUCAACCCCUGUCUCCCUCCCCCUUCCCGCCCCCUUCACCCCAACCCCGGCAGUGCCAGCGCUGUUCCCAGCUGUUGGAAGUGCCGCUUCAACUCCCCCCGGCCAAGAAGGGCGUGCAGAAGCUUCGCUGCGGCAAGGAGUCUGAUGAUUAUAUGGCGGAAGGGGGCGGGGGAGGCGGGAUGGGGGGCGGAAUGGGCGGGCAAGGGGGCGGAGCAGUGGGUGGAAGAGGGCCCGGGGGAAGGGGGAGAGGGGGGGGGAGGAUGGGGGCAGGGAGAGGCGGAGGGGUGAUGGGGAGGAGGGGGCCGGGGGGAAUGGGCAGGCAGGGGGGAGUGGACGGGGGGGAAAUGGCUGCGCCAUCUUAUGGACACAACCAGCAGCAGCAGGGGAUGGGCGGGGGGCCGGGGGGAAGCAUGGGCGGAAGCAUGGGCGGAAGCAUGGGGGGAAGCAUGGGCGGAAACAUGGGCGGACACAUGGGAGGGAACAUGGGGGGAGGCAUGGGGGGAGGCAUGGGGGAGGAGGAUGGGAUGAUGUAUAGCCGGCAGGUGAUGGUGAAUGGGCAGGCGCUGCCAGAUGAAUAUGUGGCUGUGGCAGAGCAGCGGGCGGGUCCCAUUCACCCGGGCAACUACUGGUAUGAUGACGUGGCAGGCUUCUGGGGUGAGAUGGGUGGGCCAUGCCUCGGCAUCAUCCCCCCUGGGAUCGACUUUGGUGUAGUGAUGCCACAAUCCUGUGCCGGAGGCUCAACCCGAGUGUACGUGAACGGCAGGGAGCUGCACCACAGGGACCUCGAGCGGCUGAUGAAGCGCGGGUUACCGGGCACGCCUGACUGCGGUUACCGCAUUGAGAUCACAGGCAACGUGUUUGACGAGGAGACCGGAGAGUAUUUGCUCUGCUUGGGCAAGCUCGCCCCUUCGCUGGAGAGCAGGAAGAGGGGUGCACGCUCCUCACUGGACCGUCCCGUUAACGGCAGCCCCGCUAUAGACUGUUCCGGUAGAGACGAUGAGUCGCCCAUGGUUCUGCAAACGGCUGACUCGCUGCGUAUCCACAGAAAGGCCAAGGAAGCUUCGUCAAAGCAGCACGACGGCACCUCGCCAGUCCCGCAGCUGAAGCUUCGGAUAGAGCCGCCAGUGCCGAGCCUCGAGUUGUCAGACCGAACCUCAAGCGCGAGCAGCCGAGCCAGCAGCAGCGGAAGCGAGAGCGGGAGCGCGACCCCCAACAGCGGCCGGCACGGCGGGGCGAACGGCGCAACGACCGCGAGCGUAGCGAGCAGCAGCAGGGCUAGCGUCGGCGGUGGGAACAGAGACCGGGACCGCGACAGGGGUAGGGAUGGGGCGCUUAGGGUUGUAUCGCUCCUGGGGGCCGCGACGGAGGUGGUAGCGACGCUAGGAUUGGAGCAUCUGCUGGUGGGGCGGUCGCAUGAGUGUAAGUUCCCGCCGUCCGUGCUCGCGCUGCCGUGCGUCACGGCGCCCGAGUCGGGACCGGGCGUGGAGGGACCGAGCUGCGGCACCAAGCACGACACGCUGUCGCAGCGCGUGCGGAAGAGCCUUUCCCGAUACCACGUGGACGUGGAAGCAAUAAAGCGACUGCAGCCAGAUGUGAUUAUAACGCAGGACGCGUGCGACGUGUGCCUGGUGACUGUAGCGGACCUCGAGGCGGCGUGCGCGGAGUACUUCAAGCAGCGAGAAGACUCUGGCCACGUGUGCCACGUGGUGUCGCUCAAGCCAAUCACGAUCUCGGACGUGUGGGACAACAUGGUUCAGGUGGCAGCGGCGGUCGGGCACAGGGAGAAGGGCUGCGUGCUCGUGCAGACUCUCAAAGCGCGCUGGUCGCUCGUGCGCAGGCAGGUUCCGCUGCGCGGAUCGUCCCCGCGCGUGCGCGUGGUGUGCCUGCAGUGGCUGCGCCCUCUCAUGGGCGCGGGGUUCUGGGUUCCGGAGAUCGUUGCGUGCGCGGGGGGGAAGAGCCUGUCGGGGAAGCCGGGGGAGCGCACUGCCAUGCUAAGUUUGGAAACCCUUCUAUCUUUGGACCCUGACGUCAUCAUCGCCAUGUGCUGCGGAUUGUCCAUGGAAGCGGUUCUAAGAGAGUUUCUUAACCUGGAUGAUUUGCCCCAGUGGAACCGGUUGAGAGCGGUUCAGACGGAUUCCGUCUUCGUGGCUGACGGCGACCGUUACUUUAACAACUCUGGGCCGACUAUAGUUGAGUCGGCGGAAAUCAUGGUGGAAAUUCUCCAUGCGCGCCGGUUCCCAAACUACAGAACCGUAGUGAACCGCUCUGGCGCCGCUGCUGGCGGUGAUAAUGACGGCCCGCUUUCCUCUUUCCGCAACAGCCGUGGAUUGGGCUCGGGACACGUGGCAGCAGGCGCGGAUUUCCCGGAGAUCGAGAUUAAGUACGAGGGGAGGGCGUACGCGCAGUUAACGGGCGGGUGCGUGGGGGCAUGGCGCGCGCUGCUGGGGGAUGGCGGAGGGGUCGACCAGGCGGGGGAAAGCUGGGGAAAGCUGGAUGUGGGGAAGGGGGGGAAUGCGGGGCGCGGCAUCGCUGGGGGAAAAGGGGCCGGGAGCAGGGGGGAGGGCGAGGGGGAGGGGUGGUUUGCGCAACUGGCGUCGGAAGCAGCGGCUAAGGGGGCGAAGGAAGCGGCGCGGGAGGCGGCUUUGGUGGCCAAGGCGGCGGGGAAGCAGCAGCAGCAGCAGGCGGGGCACGCGCAGCAGUUGCAAGGGCAGGGGAGCAGCAAGGGGGAGGUGACCAAGGUGGCGAACGGCGAAGUGCUUGCUCCUCUUCGCCCGCCUCCUGGUUACACGGGAAGUGUCACAGCAGCAAGCAGCAGCGCCGCUGCCGUCACCUCCGCCGCUGUUGCCGCCGGCGCUGCCGCUGCUACCAGCCUGGCGGGUGGCGCAAGUGCUGCGCCCCCCGCGCCCUCCCCCGAGCCCUUGGCGCCCCUUCCCUCCCCCCCCGGGCGCAGCUCCAGGCGGUCGCUGUGGGGGCUGAAGCGGGGGAAAGGGGGGAAGGAUGCGGAGGAGGCGGGGAUAGAGGCGGAGAGGAAGGAAGAGGAAGUGAGGAUAGGGGAAGCGCAAGCGCAGGAGCAGGCGCAGAAAUUGGCACAGGAGGAGCAGGAGCAGGAGCGGAUACAGCAACUGUUUUUGACUCAGUUGAGGCUAGAGGAGGAGUCACAGCAACAGAGGCAACCAGAGGCAACGCUAGAGCCUUAUCAACAGGAGGACGCUUCCCCCGCCUCCCCCUCCGCGUCCCCGCCUCCGCCCGCCAUCUCCCUGACAGGCGCGGCGCUCAAGGCCGCGCAGCUGCGCGCGCUGUUCCUCGCGACGAUAGAGGACUCGCUCCCCGCGGACUGCCUGCUGCUGUCGGGCGGGCUGGCCUCCACCAUCAUCGCGCACGCCGCCACGUCGCUCAUCUGGCCGGGCAGCAUCGCCGCCGCGAUUACAGUGCUCGCGAGCCCCAAGGCCGCGGACAGGCUGCCCGCGGCGGCGGCCGCGCGCGGGUGCCAGCUGGGCGCGGGGAUGGGCGCGGGGGGAAGCGGGGGGCAUGUGUUUGUGGGGGGCGGGCCGGGGUUCCAGCCAGAGCAUCUGCUGGAGACGGAGUUGCGGUUCGUGGUGCGCGUAUUGAAGAGCUUCGACCCCGCUGAGAUCCGCAUGGGCGUGGUGCUGGCGGCGGGGCUGAGGGAGGCCAAGCGGCAGGGGUUCUGCUCGGUGAUGGUGGGGGACGGCGCUGACGAGCUCUUCACCGCCUUUGACUUCAUGGUGCGAAUGAGCGAUGCCAAGCUGCAGGAGUGUCGGCAUCACAUGGUGGAUGUGCUGCGCUUCCCCUGCCGUGACCUUGCCCACGCUCUUGGCCUUGAGGUUCGGCAGCCGUUCCUGCACCCGGCCCUGCAGGAGUUUGCCUUGGGGCUGACCAAGGACGAGCUGCUGGGGGAGGGGCGCAGCGAGGAGUGGUGUGACUAUAACGAGGGCAACCUGCUGCUGCGCAUGGCCUUUCCUGAAGUGGUCUCCGCGCGCCGGCCCAAGGUCCCCAUUGAGGUGGGGGCGGGAACAGUGGCACUAACACGCCACUUUGCACGGCGGAUGGCACGGGAGGAGUUUCAGGCAGAGAGGGUGAGGGUGAAGAGGGAGGACCAGGUUCGGAUACGGGACCCCGAGCACCUGCACUACUACCAAGCCUUCCGGCAGGUGUUUGGAGGCCCUACGCUCCCGGGAGUGCAGCGCUGGCAGCCCAACGCCUGCUCUGCCUGCGGCUUCCCUCCUCUCUUCCCGGACCAGCUGCUCUGUGCCACCUGUGGCGAAUGCUCCACUCGCAAACCCUCCUCCCGCCGCCGCUCCCAACCCAACACCGGCCCUGGCGGUGUUUCUGGUGGUGCGUGUGUUGGGAGCGGUGCUGGAGACGUUGGGGCAGGUGCAGAUGGGUUCGGAGGGGUUGGAGUGGGUGGGGUGGAAGGGGCGCUCGGGAGGGUGCAGUCGGGUGUGGCUGGGUUUAGUGAGAGUGACGAGUGGGGCGAUGGGGAUGUGGAUGGGGAUGGGGAUGGGGACGGCACACACGAAGGGCUGAGCAGCAGCGGCAGUUUCUCGGACUGUGCCAGUAGCUUUUCAGGGAGGGAUGGGGGAGCGGAGGUGCUUGGGAUGGGGAUGAUGGGGGUAGGGGGAGGAGAGAAGGGUUUUGUGCUGGGUGGGGAUGAGUGGGAGGACAGUGGGCAUGGCAGUGGAAGGUUUUUGACUAAGGGAGCGGAAUCAGCACCUAAGUACAGAAUGCUUGCGGUUCCCGCUGCUCUGCUCGCCAUCAGCAGCGACGCGAGGGAGAACCGAAUAGUGCAAUGCAGCUCUGCACUGUUGGAUCUGCUCGGCGCGCAGUGCGGACACUCGCACAUCGUCGGAAAGAGCUUCCUCUCCUUGGUUCACCCAGCAGACCGAGCUUCUGCUCAGGCAAGCACCAUCUCUCCACAAUUCGCCGCAUCUCAAUUGCUCUCGAUAUUCAUUGUUCUCAAAUCCUGUUCCUCGGAACAUCCAACGCCUUGUCUCACCCCUUCCCCGGCACAGGAUGUGCUGGCUGGAUAUGCUGCCUCGGAUGGCGGCAGGACCAAGAGGCGCGUUGGGCGGAGGAAGCAAGAGGAUCGCAUGCUGCAGCGAUUGAGGGAUUCUGUGGAGCCUGUUCUGGCCGCACACCAGGACAUGGCUGCUAACAAGGACGUGCGGCACCAUAGCUCACAGCAUGAGUCACCAUCCUCUAGAGUCAAUCCCGUCAGAGUCACCCCUGCUAGAGUCAUCCCCGCUAGAGUCGUCACCCGCCCUGAAUCAAUCGAAGGGGAGGAACAGCAGCAGGCGGGCAGCAGCGGCAGGAGCAGCAAGAGUGGCGUUGGCACCCUUAGCGCUGACACCAGCAGUGGCGGUGCAAGGGAGGCAGCGCAGUGUGAAAAGGGUGUGGGGAGGGGAGAGCAGGCAACAGGGGAUGGAGAGACAAGUGGUGUUGAUGGUGCGAGUGGGGGGUGCAGAGGAGGCGGUGGUGUGGAGAGCAGAGAUGGGAGCACGGACACGAUGCAGCAGAUGGUGGGUCUGCUCAAGGGAGUGAAGCAGUCGCUACAGUGGAGCCAUGAAAGCGCCAAGUUCCAAGCCAUCUUUGAAAUGUCCAUGGACCCAAUUCUGAUCAACUCAAUCAAACAGAUUCCGCAUGACCUCAAUCCCGCUGCCGCCCGCAUCCUCGGAUUCCCCUCUACCUCUGCCGCCCUGGCGAACCUGCGCAAGGGCUACCUCCUCGAACACUCCCCUGUGGUACAGCCGUGCGGGCGGCCAAGCUUGGAGCUAUUCAAGGAAAUUCUGGAGGAGCUGAUGGAGAGAGGGGAGUGUGCGCCGUUUGAGUGGGUGCACACUCGGUUGGACGGUUCAGAGUUUCAUGUCCUCGUGAAGGUCAAGGUGGUGACGGUGAACGGAAUCUCAUACUACGUAUCAGUGUGGCAUGACAUAACCGAGAUGAAGCGCAAGGAGGAGGAGCUCAAGGCGGCCAAGGAGGCGGCAGAGGCGGGCAACGAGGCGAAGAACCGGUUCCUGGCGAACAUGAGCCAUGAGCUGCGCACCCCCAUGAAUGGCGUCAUCGGCGUCGCCGAGCUGCUCCUCCGCACCCCCCUCACCCCGCAGCAGCGCUCCUACGUCGACGUCAUCUCCUCCUCGGGGAACUCCCUCAUUCAUAUCAUAUCAGACGUUCUGGAUAUCACCAAGAUUGAGACCAACUCGCUGCUGCUGGAUUGCUGCCCUUUUAACCUCCGGGAGACGUUGGCUGAGUGUGUGGAGGCCGUUAGGCCGGCUGCAGGGAACAAGAAGCUCGCAAGCCGGGUGGGGGGGGGCGUGCCGGAGUGGGUGGAGGGCGAUCAGCUGCGGGUGAGGCAGAUUCUGCUCAACCUGCUCUCCAACGCCAUCAAGUUCACCGAUCACGGCCAAGUCCUCCUCUCCGCCGCCCCAGCCCCCAACCCCUUCGACCAUCAACCUGCUGACCCUCUCAACCCGCCCACUAGGCCCGAGAAGCAGCAGGGCGCCCCUUGUCUCGCCCUCUCCCCCAACCCCUUCGCCCAUGAAACCACGGUUACCCUUGACCCGCCCCUUCGGCCUGAGGAUGAGCAGGGAGCAGCAGCAGCAGCAGCAGCAGCAGCAGCAGCAGCAGCAGCAGCAGCAGCAGCAGCAGCAGCAGCAGCAGCAGCAGCAGCAGCAGCAGCAGCAGCAGCAGCAGCAGCAGCAGCAGCAGCAGCAGCAGCAGCAGCAGCAGCAGCAGCAGCAGCAGCAGCAGCAGCAGCAGCAGCAGCAGCAGCAGCAGCAGCAGCAGCAGCAGCAGCAGCAGCAGCAGCAGCAGCAGCAGCAGCAGCAGCAGCAGCAGCAGCAGCAGCAGCAGCAGCAGCAGCAGCAGCAGCAGCAGCAGCAGCAGCAGCAGCAGCAGCAGCAGCAGCAGCAGCAGCAGCAGCAGCAGCAGCAGCAGCAGCAGCAGCAGCAGCAGCAGCAGCAGCAGCAGCAGCAGCAGCAGCAGCAGCAGCAGCAGCAGCAGCAGCAGCAGCAGCAGCAGCAGCAGCAGCAGCAGCAGCAGCAGCAGCAGCAGCAGCAGCAGCAGCAGCAGCAGCAGCAGCAGCAGCAGCAGCAGCAGCAGCAGCAGCAGCAGCAGCAGCAGCAGCAGCAGCAGCAGCAGCAGCAGCAGCAGCAGCAGCAGCAGCAGCAGCAGCAGCAGCAGCAGCAGCAGCAGCAGCAGCAGCAGCAGCAGCAGCAGCAGCAGCAGCAGCAGCAGCAGCAGCAGCAGCAGCAGCAGCAGCAUGGGUCAGAGGAAAAGGGAUGUGGUGUGAAACCGGAGUGGCAGCGGCAUCUGAGGCAGGUCAAGGCCUAGAGGUGAUUGAGACAGGUCAAGGUUGCAAGGGAGUGAAAAUAGAAGGCGCUGCCCGUUCAACAGAGGAAGGUCCGGAGGGUCAAGGUGGUAAGCAGAUGCGAGAAAGCAGGUUAUGGAGGGAGAGACAUGGUGAGACAAGGAUGCCUCUUGAAGAGGUUGUAGCAGGUGCAGACCUCAAGUCCCCGUCUAAUGGAACAUUUCCCAAGUCGUGCUCUAAUGGUGGCGCAUUUUCCAAGUCCCCCUCUAUGGGUGGCGUAUUUCCCAAAUCCCCCUCUAAUAAUCGGCGUAUUCCUAAGUCACCCUUUAAGGGUGGCGCAUUUCCCAAGUCCCCGUCUUGUGGCGGGGUGUUUGAGGGGCUGCGGUGCCUGGUGGUGGAUGACAACGCGGUGAACCGCAUGGUGGUGGUGCAGCUGCUGAGGAACCUGCGAGUCUCGUGUGACGUGGCAGAGAAUGGGCACAAGGCCGUGGAGGCCUGCCGCUCCACCAACUACCACGUCAUCUUCAUGGAUUGUCACAUGCCUGUCAUGGAUGGGUUUGAAGCCACCACGCGCAUUCGAAAGCUACAAUCCAAAGGCGGGAUGGAAACCGCGAGAACUUCGACCCUGCCAGACACACAAUCGGCAUUGGAUGCUCGGAGGGGAGAGGAAAGCCCACACGACAGGGUUGUUCAAAGGUCCGCCAUCUAUGCUGUCACAGCUAGCGUGCUUAAGCAUGAAAGGGACCGAUGCGCAAGCGUGGGGAUGGAUGGGUUUAUUGCCAAACCAAUUAGUUCGCUUCUCCAGGCCGUUCCCGCUGUGCUGGUGGCCGUGAGCGCCGGGGACGCGAGAGAACAGCGGUUAGCGCAAUGCAGCGCUGCUCUCGCCGAUACGCUCGGCCUGCCGCAAUGCGACCUUUCCGGAAAGCGCGUGCAGUCGCUAGUUCACCCUUCCGAUAGAGCCGCCCUGGAGGCAACUGUGGGGGAGUGCGCAGCGGACAGCAGCAGGCGGAAGCGGCAGGUGUGGGUGCGGUUGGCAGUGCGAGCGCAGGGCGAGGAGGGGAAAGGCGGCGAGGGGGGCGAGGGGGGCGAGGGGGAGGCAUGGGGGGAAGGGAAGAGGGGCGCAGAGUUGGGAGAGGAGAAGAGGCGGGGCGCGGGAGGGGGAAAGGGAGGGGUGGCGAAUCGGGAUGGCAGCGGAAGCAGCAGCAGCAGCAGCAGCAGCAGCAGCAGCAGCAGCAGCAGCAGCAGCAGCAGUAAUGAGUGGCGGUGGUUUGAGGUGUCAGCGUCGCUUGCUGCACGCGCUACAAGCUCCACGAGUGUCAAGGAUGAGUCAAGUGAUCAAAGGAUGGUUCUCUGCACCUUCCUGGAUGCCACGGAGCAGAGGCUGCGUCAGGUGCUGAUGCUGCAGCAGCUGAGGGAGUGUGCGCAGCUCGCCACACCAUCGCGCUCCAUACCUCCUCAACUGCCCCCCGGUGCCCCUCAAAUUGCUAUCGCUGAUGCUGCUACCGCUGAUGCUGCUACCGCUGAUGCUGCUGGCGCUGACUCUGCUGCCACCGACACUGCUGCCGUUGACACUGACCCUCCUGGUGCUGCUCCCUCCGGUGCCGCUCCUUCUGGUGUUCACCCCACUAAUGGCGCGGCCGGGCAUGCUCAUGGUUCUUCUGUUCAUGCUGCCGCUGUGGCAAGUGGUGCUGCUGCUGCCAAUGGUGCUGGUGCUGAUGGUGCUGGUGGUGGUGGUGCUGGUGGUGGUGGUGGUGGUGAUGAUGGCGGUGGGGCAGAGGGGCGGGUGUGCCUGUGGAAGGAGGCGGAGUGGUUGAUAGAGCAAGUGAAGGAGGCGUUGCUCCUGGGCCACGAGAAUGCCAAGUUCCGAGCCAUCUUUGACCUCUCCAUUGACCCCAUCCAAGUCUUCACAAUCCCUGACUGGACCCUCCGCGACUGCAACGACGCCACGGUGAAAAUCAUUGGUUACCCUUCCAAAGCGGCCGCACUCGCCAACCUCAGCAUCGUCAAGCAGUCCCCCGAGUUCCAGCCGAACGGGCGGCGCAGUUUGGACUAUUUCCUGGAGAUUCUGGACGAGAUUUUGAAAGAGGGCGGCCUGCCACCGUUUGAGUGGGACAUGUUCUCUUUGGAUGGCACCCCCUGCACGGUUCUAGUCAAGGGCAAGGUGGUGUCGGUGAACGGGAUCUCGUACUACGUAUCGGUGUGGCACGACAUAACGGAGAUGAAGCGCAAGGAGGAGGAGCUGAAGGCGGCCAAGGAGGCGGCAGAGGCGGGCAAUGAAGCCAAGAACCGGUUCCUGGCGAACAUGAGCCAUGAGCUGCGCACCCCCAUGAAUGGCGUCAUCGGCGUCGCCGAGCUGCUCCUCCGCACACCCCUCACCCCGCAGCAGCGCUCCUACGUCGACGUCAUCUCGUCGUCCGGAAACACGCUCAUUCAUAUCAUAUCGGACGUGCUAGACAUCUCGAGGAUCGAGACGAAAUCCCUUGUUCUCGAUCACUCCCCGUUCAACCUCCACCACACUGUGAAUGAGGCCGUGGAGGCAGUGAGGAUCGCUGCCGAAAGUAAGAAGCUUAAGUUGCAGAGCCGGGUGGGCGGGGGCGUGCCGGAGUGGGUGGAGGGGGAUCAGCUGCGGGUGAGGCAGAUUCUGCUCAAUCUGCUCUCCAACGCCAUCAAGUUCACCGACCACGGCCAAGUCCUCCUCUCCAUAGCCCUCUCCCGCAACCCCUUUGAAUCCGAAGCCGGUGGGGAAGUUUGUCACGUUGUGGCCUCGCCAGGUGCGGAUGAGGGGAGGGUGGCAGGAGAGGCAGGGAGGCGUGCAGGCGGAGAGGUAGAGCAGGGGAUGGAGGACGCUGAGUGUGCUGGGGAGCAGGAGGGAGAGGAGGAUCAGCUAAGGCAUGACAGUAUGCAUUACAGCUCCCUUUUGGAAACUUCAUCAGCAGCAACAGCAAGAGCAGGGGAGGCAGAGGGUGCGGCCAUGGAUGAGGAGUUAGCAAAGCAGAGGCUUAGAGAGGAUCUGGAUCGCAUCAUGAACGAGCCCUGGGUGCUCACUCCCGCCACUGCUUCCCUUGCUGCCGCCCAGGCCGGCCUCGCUGCUGCCGCCUCGCUCUCCUCCUGCCCCUCCCGAGCAUCGGACUCACCUGCUGUGGCGCCGGCUGUGGCACCGGCUGUAGCGGCUGUAGCAGGUGGUGCAGGCACGGCAGCGACGGGUGCUUGGGUGCCGGCUGUAGCAGGAGCAGGGGAGGCUAUGGAUGUAGCAGGUGCACCAGCAGGCGAUUCGAUGACAGCAGGUCAGAGUUCAAACCUAUGGUCAAGUGAGGGCAUGGAUGUAGCAGGUGCACCAGCAGGCGAUGCGGUGACAGCAGGUCAGAGCAUGGAUGUAGCAGGCAGCUCAGGCAUGGCAGCAGCGGCACUGGAGCAUUUCACUUCAGAAGCUGCAGCUGCUGCAGCAGAUGGAGGGGACGAUAUGAGGUGCUCAGAUGAUCUGGCACUUGCUGCUGUUGCCGGCUCUGCUGACGCUCAUGCUGCAGCCGAUGCUGCUGCCUCCGUCCCCUCUUUCCACCCCCACACCCCUACCCUAGUCAAUUUUGCUAAACCAAUAGAAGGAACGAAAGCGGGCCGGGGUGAGCGGGCGGGAGAAAGCAACAUGGAAGCGAGGAGAGACGUUGGCGGCAAGAAGAACAGCAGGAGAUCCGGUGGAGAAGAGGAGGGGGUGAAGGGGCAGGCGCGGGUGUGGGUGAGAGUUGACGUGAAGGAUACAGGCAUGGGCCUAUCAGCAGACGCGAUGACGCGCCUCUUCUCGCCCUUCUGGCAGGUGGACGACUCCUCGUGCCGCAAGCACGGCGGCACGGGCCUGGGUCUCUCCAUCUGUCGCUCGCUCGCGGCGCUCAUGGGGGG